UUUACUCACGUCUCCUCGCUGUGCCGCCCCCGCCCGGUGACGUCACGCCUCUCCCGCCCACCCAUUGGCUUUCAUCCCACGCCGCGCCUUCUCAUUGGUCAUCGCGUUGCUACACUGGCAGGUUACCCCAGAGACGUGCGGGACACGCCCCACUAAGCUCUGAUUGGCCGCGCAGCGCCACGCGAGGGGCGCUGAUUGGCUGCGGGGGCGGAGGGCCCCGCCCCGAGGCGAUCACGUGAGCGCGGCGGGCCGGCAGCGGCGGCGGAGCGGGCGCCAUGAAGCACUACGAGGUGGAGAUCCUGGAUGCCAAAACAAGGGAGAAGCUCUGCUUCCUCGAUAAGGUGGAGCCACAGGCGACCAUUGCUGAGAUCAAGAACCUGUUCACCAAAACACACCCACAGUGGUACCCAGCACGGCAGUCACUGCGCCUGGAUCCCAAGGGCCGAUCUCUGAAGGAUGAGGACAUUCUGCAGUCUCUGCCUGUGGGCACCACUGCCACCUUCUACUUCCGGGACCUGGGGGCGCAGAUCAGCUGGGUGACGGUGUUCCUGACGGAAUAUGCCGGACCUUUGCUCAUCUACCUGCUCUUCUACUUCCGUGUCCCCUUCCUCUACGGCCCCCGCUAUGACUUCACCGCCAGCCGGCACGCCGUCGUGCACCUGGCCUGCGCCUGCCACUCCUUCCACUACAUCAAGAGGCUCCUGGAGACCCUCUUUGUGCACCGCUUCUCUCAUGGCACCAUGCCUCUCCGUAACAUCUUCAAGAACUGCACUUAUUAUUGGGGUUUUGCUGCUUGGAUGGCGUAUUACAUCAACCACCCCCUGUAUACCCCCCCUGCUUAUGGAGAUGAGCAGGUGAAGCUGGCGCUGGCGGUGUUCCUGUUCUGUCAACUGGGGAACUUCUCGAUCCACGUGGCGCUCCGCAACCUCCGCCCUGCAGGCUCAAAGACACGGAAGAUCCCAUACCCCACCCGGAAUCCCUUCACAUGGCUCUUCCUGCUUGUGUCCUGUCCCAACUACACCUAUGAGGUUGGCUCCUGGAUCGGGUUUACCAUCAUGACGCAGUGUCUGCCUGUGGCUCUGUUCUCUCUGGUGGGCUUCGUGCAGAUGGCGAUAUGGGCGCAGGGGAAGCACCGCAGCUACCUGCGGGAGUUCCGCGAUUACCCACCACUGCGCUCCCCCAUCGUCCCCUUCCUACUGUGAGGGGACACCUUCAACACCCCCCACCCCAGGGGACAGCCAGGGGGACGGCGGGGUGAUGGGGGGCACCCGAGUGAUGGGGGAUGUCUGGGUGAUGGGGGACAUCCAAGCAACAAAGGACACCUGAGCGAUGGGGACGUUUGGGUGACAGGGGGCACUUGGGUGAGAAAGGACACCUGGGUGACAAAGGACAUCUGGGUGACUGAGGACAUCACCUGGGUAACAGGGGACAUUUGGGUGACAAAGGACAUCUGGGUGAUGGGGGAUGUCAGGGUGACGGAGAGCACCUGGGUGACAAGCAACAGCUAGGUGACAAAAGACAACUAGGUGGCAAAAGGCUCCUGGGUGACAGAGGGCCUUGGUGACAAAGGACACAUGGGUGACAAUGGGCCUUGGGUGACAAAGGACAUCUGGGUGACAGCUUGGGGACAGCAGACCCCCUGCUGUGGUGGUGGAUGCAGUCAUGGUGUUCCCAUCCCACGCUGUCACCAAUUGUCACACUGGGGCCAGGUGUGACCCCAUGUCACCAUUCCACGGGGUCAGGAAUGAUCGGUGUCACCCAUAAGGGACACAUUACUGUUCUGUGGGGUCACAUGUGACGCGUGUCACUCACGUGUGCCAUGUCACUGUCCUGUGGUGGCUGGGAAUGACCGUGUCCCCCGCGUGCGACCAUCGCUGUCCCCGCAGACAAGAAUAAAAGACGUCCCUUCCACA